AUGGCAAGGAACCAAGAUGCCGCGGCCGAGGAGAGGAGGGUGGCGGCCGAGGAGAGGAGGGUGGCGGCCGAGGAGAGGAGGGUGGCGGCCGAGGAGAGGAAGGUGGCAUUGGAGGAGAGGAAGGUGGGCAUGGAGGAGCGAUCAAGAUUGUUGGACUGGGAGAAGUACUUGUUCUUCUUGGACACAUCUAUCCUCAAUGAGGCGCAAAAGGAGUACGUCAAUCUUGCUCGUGAAGAAGUAUUGAUCCAAAAAAGAGCCAUGAUUCACGACAUGGGUGACGGCGGCCUUGGCGGCAUGGGUGGCGUUGGCCUCGGCGGCAUGGGAGGCAUCUGUGGCUUCGGAGCUACCAUGGGCGGCAUGUUGGAAAUAUGCCCUAGAGAUGCCGUUGAAGAUCUUGCCAACACCUUUCGAGCUUCACAUGAUGAUGCGGCGCGCGACAAUGAAGAGGAGGAGGAAGAAUCAUCUUCGGAGGAGUCGGAUGAAUCGGAGGAAGAUGAGAAUGAAGACGAGGACGAGGCUUGA